AUGUCCAACUAUGCGUCACUAAUUUGGUGGCAAGCACUACGCAAAAUCCUAGGCACUUUUCGAACUAGUCCAAUUCAGGCCAUGGAAGUCGAAGCUAGCCUCCCACUGCCCGCAAUACAACUAGAUACAGCCACCCGUAAAUACGCUUUCCAGCUAGCUAAGCUAAGUCCGGACUAUCUAGUAAAUCGCUAA